AGAGCAUUUAAUAAUAUGGACUUGCCAUCCACUUCGAAAACGUCACCAACUAUGGGGACACAUACCACAUACAAACGCGAAGAGGAUAUGCAAAAGAUGGUUCAAGGCUUGAAGGAUCUGAUGGCGUCACGGCGUCCUCCAGUCAAUCGUAAUGUGCUAAAAAUCAAAAUGGAAUAUCGCGGGGAAAAGCGAUGUAUCGAGAUGGAUCGACCUGUGUCGAUGAAAGCGCUGCAGGAUCAUUUGCAAAAGAAAUAUGGUAAACAUAUCAACAUGUAUUAUCAACAAGGAAAAGGCGAAAUAGUGGUGUCUAUCAAGAAUCAGGACGAGUUGGACCGGGCCGUUGAGGUGGUGGACCGCAAUCAACAACGUUGUUUGCGACUUUUGCUUUCGAAACACCAACCUCUGGAAGCGGAUGUGCCUGCUGACACCCUUCCCGACCAAUCCGGAACUUACACCGGAAACAUUGUCGAGGUUCCUUAUUCUAUCAAUUGUUCGUCAUGUGGUGCCAGUCGCGUUUCAUUCGCGGCUCGAAGUACAGGUGAGUCAUCCUGCUCGAGCGGUGUGCAAUGGGAUAUCGACGAGAGAAAACUUAGCGCUCAAUCUCCACGUGCACCAGUUCACUGGAAAGAGGCGAAAUGUAUAGGCAGUGGUGCUUUCGGAAGCGUUUAUCUCGCUUACGAUGUCGAUACUGGCAUGGAUCUUGCAGUCAAAAAGAUACCCAUCAUCCCUGACAACAGAGAGCUCAGGCGCGAAGCGCAGGGAUUAGAAUUUGACGUGCAAGAAUUAGGACGCCUUCAGCACCCAAGAAUUGUUCAGUACCUGGGUGUGCAAAAAACCAGCGACAAAAUACUGAUAUUCAUGGAGUAUAUGACUGGAGGUUCGCUUAAGGACCAUCUCGCGUUGGUUGGGGCUUUAUCAGAUCCUGUCGCAAGGAAAUAUACAGCACAGGUGUUAGAAGGCCUUGCUUUUUUGCACAAAAAUCACAUAAUUCAUCGCGAUAUCAAGUCAGCUAACAUAUUACGAGACUCAUUUGGAAAUGUCAAGAUAGCCGAUUUUGGCUCAGGUAAAAAGAUGCAAAGUUUGGCAAGUCAACAAGGAGCUUUCCAUAGCACAAUCCACUACACUGCUCCUGAGGUGCUACUGGGGAAGACGGCUUACGGGCGUAAAGCCGAUGUAUGGAGCGUAGGGGUGACAUUGGUUGAAAUGCUAACCGGUAAAGUACCAUGGAAAGAAUUUGAACCAAUGGCAGCGAUGUUCCAAAUUGCUUAUGAGGAACCGAAAUUCAAUCUACCCCCAACGGUAUUGCCAGCAACAGCUGAUUUGUGCAGAGUUUUGAUGAAUAAGAACUUCGACGAAAGGCCAAUGGCUGCCGAAGUUUUGUUGAAUCAUCCCGCUUUCAAACUUAUCCAAAGAAAUCAUAUCCGCCCAAAUACCUAGUAUGUUGUUAUAUAUCAAAGCUUCUUAGAUAAUAGUGUAGGGUUUGAUAGAUCGGGUAGUAUGCCUUAUAAAAUUGUACAGCCAUUCUGAUAUGCAACAAUGUUCAAGCAUUUUUGAGUUUUUUAGUUCUCUGAAAUCACUUCC